CAUAAGGCUGCGCCGCUCCUGCGCUGUGAUUCAACUGGAGAAAGGAUAAAGUGUCCAAACACAGAGAAAAACUCCUGCUGAGGCAACUGAUCUCCACACUGUUAUAAAGAUGGCGUUUAUUAAAGAGGAGAGUGAAGAUGUGAAGAUUGAAGAAACAUUCACAGUCAAACAGGAAGAUCUGCAGGAACAAACAGACCUGAUGGUGCUGAAAGAAGAGACUCAUCAAUUAAAUGAAAUGGAGAAGAAACAGCAGUUUGAGAAACCCCAAGGCAUAACGGCUGAUAAAAAACCCACACUGACUAAAAAGACUUCAUGCAGAAGACCUCGGAAAUCCAAAUCUCCAUGUAAUUUAACUUGUCGUCAAUGUGGAAACCGCUUCAGCCGAAAACGCAGCCUUCAAGUCCACAUGAGAAUUCACACUGGAGAGAAGCCUUUCACCUGUAAAGAGUGUGGGAAGAGUUACAGUCAGAAAUCUAACUUUAAUGUUCACAUGAGAGUUCACACUGGAGAGAGGCCGUACACAUGCCAACAGUGUGGGAAAAGCUUCUAUAAUACAGGAAACCUUGCAGCACACAUGAGAAUUCACACUGGGGAGAAGCCUUACUCCUGCCAUCAGUGUGGAAGAAGUUUUAACCAAAAUGGCACCCUUGAAAUCCACAUGAGAACUCACACUGGGGAGAAACCUUACAUAUGCACAGAGUGUGGUGAAGGUUUCAUAUGUCAAAGCGCACUCAAUUACCACAUAAUAAGUCACAGCAGAGAGAAGCUGUUUCCAUGUGAUCAGUGCGGAAAGAGCUUCAUAUGUAAAGCUAGCCUCAUGAACCACAUGAAUGGUCACACUGCAACCAUAGUAAUGUGAUCAGUGUGGAAAGAGUCUCACUCGCAAAGACUCCAUUAAGCAACACAUGGAGAUUCACUCAGAGGAUCAGUUUAGAUGCAGUGAAUAUGGAAAGGUCUUUAAACGUAAAAGAAGCCUCAGACUCACAUGACGCUUCACAAUGGAGAGCAGAGUCCUUAAAAUUGAGACCUUGUCCACACUCUAAGCCCGGAUAAGUUGAGUUUAUUUUUAAAAAAUAAGAGGAAACUGGUUGCCUUAAAAAUGUAGGUAUACUGAAAAUGUACUUAAGUAUAUGUAUGUAUACUUAAAAAAAAAAAAAAAAAUCUUGAGUGAGCUCUACUUAAAACA